AUGCCUUUAGUUUAUUUUUUUUCUAAAUGCUCUCAGAGAAUCAUUCGAAAGAAAUUUAAAAAAUUACUUAGAGAGUAUAAAUUUGGUGCUUUUUUACGAUUUUGGAUUGUAUGGUAUCUUGAAAUCGGUUUUGCUUCUAUAAUUGGGGUUUUGAGCACAGAAUAUUAUAAAAUCUUAGAAAAUCCGUUUAGAUUAUCUAACUAUUUCAUUUGCUGAUUUUUUAUUGUAAUGAUAAUUUAG